ACACUCGCUUAGUAAGUACAGAAACUCUAUCGUAACCGCGUAUAACGCGUUGUUUUCGCGUAAUAAAAAUAACCGUCGCGGAAAAAACUAAUUCGUAGCGUAAUCGAAGAAAACGUGUCCGUGGUUGACCAUACAAAAUCAAAGAGUACGUUAGAAUGACACAAUCGCAGAGCCCGUGUGAAAUUGGACAAUUUCGUAACGGGUCGAUCGUAGGACCCGUGCAUUAGAUCGUGCUUUUUGGAACGUAAAGAACUUGCUGGAAGAUUGGAAGCAAGUGCGCUACAAUAACGCACAGUAGUUACAUAUUGCGUGCAACAUCGAUAAUACGAUUGAAGAAUCGUGUCGAUACAUCGUACACUUUUCAGAAUGUCAGAUUGGGAUACCGCUCCUAUCACUUUGCGUAAACGUCCCCCGAAGGCUUCCGUGCUUAAAUCGGAACAGGCAGUGAAUGCUGCACGUCGUCAAGGUUUUGCUGUCGAAACACAAGCGAAAUGGGGCGGUGGAGCGAAUAGACAACACGUAACAACUAAAAAUACCGCCAAGUUAGACAGAGAGACCGAAGAGCUGAAACAUGACAAAGUCCCACUCGACCUUGGUAAAUUAAUUCAACAAGGACGACAAAAUAAAGGAUUGUCUCAGAAAGAUCUUGCAACGAAAGUAAACGAGAAGGCACAGGUGAUCAAUGACUACGAGGCGGGCCGCGGAAUUCCAAAUCAAAUGGUGAUUGGGAAAAUCGAGCGAGUGUUGGGAAUAAAAUUGCGUGGAAAGGACCGUGGUAAACAGUUAACAGCCCCCGGGACGAAAAAGUGAAUCUCGGGGGAAAAAAUCUCAACUUUUUAUCCUCACAUAUUGUUCCCUAAUCAGAACUGCAAGAAAAAUGGUAGAAUUGACAGCAAUACUACUCCUGCCCUGUUCAUCUUUGGUUAUUUUAUUAUAUACUUUAAAUAAAAUAUUAUUUUAUUAAAUA